AUGGGAGACUGGUCAAUUUUGGGUCGCUUCCUAGCGGAGGUUCAGAACCACUCCACGGUGAUUGGCAAGAUUUGGCUGACGGUUCUGCUGAUCUUCCGAAUCCUGCUGGUGACGUUGGUGGGAGACGCUGUGUACAGUGAUGAGCAGUCCAAGUUCACCUGUAACACCCUCCAGCCUGGCUGCAAUAACGUCUGCUAUGAUACCUUUGCACCUGUUUCCCACCUACGCUUCUGGGUAUUCCAGAUUGUCCUUGUCUCCACUCCGUCCAUCUUCUAUAUUGUCUACGUUCUCCAUAAAAUCACCAAAGAUGAGAAACUUGAGAGAGAGAGGGCAGAGGCUAGGGUCAAGAACUCACCUGGAGAAUACGUAGAGCAAGGUGACGUUUAUCAGGGAGGAAAACCUUCCUACGGACCGCAGGGUGAGGAGUGGGCUGGCCAUGAGGGGGAAUGUGUGGAGCAGAGUCUUCUGCAGGAUGACUACAGAGAGGUGGGCAAGGACCCUACGGAACUUUCCAGCCAGGUUCUGCUGAUAUACAUCAUCCAUGUGGUUCUUCGAUCCAUCCUAGAGAUAACCUUCCUGGUGGGCCAGUACUACCUGUUUGGCUUCGAGGUGCCACAUCUGUAUCGCUGUGAAACCUAUCCCUGCCCAACACAGACCGACUGCUUUGUCUCGCGUGCUACUGAAAAGACCAUCUUCCUGAAUUUCAUGUUCAGCAUCAGCCUGGGCUGUUUCCUCCUCAACAUUGCGGAGCUGCACUAUUUGGGCUGGGUCUACAUCUUCCGCAUGCUGUGUACUGCAUGCUUCUUGUGCUGCAGGCCCAAAACGGAGCUGUAUUCUCCCCACAAUCCUUUGCUGCUGAGGCUCAGGCACUCCAUGCGAGGCAGGCUGGUCCUGCAGCCCCACACAGCCACUCUGUCCCACAAGAAGACAGCCACCACCUUGCUGUCCCACGCACCAGCCAUUUCUUUUGAGACAGACUCCACAGUAGAGUGCACCUCUAAGAGGAACCCGGAGGAAAAAGAACGCAUGAGACUAAAGCUAGCAAACAUGGCUAGGCUGAGCAGCAAGAAGUCUUGGUUAUGA